AUUUCUCUGCUCGCUGUUGUUUACUAGUCAAGCUGCUGCGUUCGGUCAAAGAUCAAUUUGAUCUGAAUUUGUUAUCAGCCAAAAUCGCCACGUAGCUUCAAAUCUCGGUCUCGUGGCGUGUGUUUGUGAGAAGAAAUAUUAUUUCACAGCCAAGAAGAAACUAGUAAGGAGCAGACGAUGAAGGCCCUGAUCCUUGUCGGCGGGUACGGUACCCGGUUGCGACCUCUGACCCUGAGCCGCCCCAAACCGCUUGUGGAGUUCGGCAACAAGCCCAUGGUCCUGCACCAGAUUGAGGCUCUCGCCGAGGCUGGAGUGACCCACAUAGUUCUGGCUGUGAGUUAUCGAGCUGAGAUGUUGGAGAAAGAGAUGAAAGUCCAGGCUGACAGGUUGGGUAUCCAGAUCAGCAUGUCACAUGAAGAAGAACCACUUGGCACAGCGGGUCCGCUGGCUCUGGCGCGGGAGAUCCUGGCAGGAGACGAGGAACCGUUCUUUGUCCUGAACAGCGACGUGAUCUGUGACUUCCCGUUCGAGGAGAUGCUCAAGUUCCACAAGAGUCACGGCAAGGAGGGGACCAUAGUGGUAACAAAGGUAGAGGAGCCGUCCAAAUAUGGUGUGGUGGUUUACGACGGCCAAUCGGGAAAGAUCGACAGGUUUGUGGAGAAGCCGAAGGAAUUUGUGUCCAACAAAAUCAACGCCGGGAUGUACAUCUUCUCUCCCAAGAUCCUCGACAGGAUACAGUUGAGACCAACUUCUAUUGAGAAGGAAAUCUUCCCAGUCAUGGCUUCAGAUGAAACACUGUAUGCCUUCGACCUCAAAGGUUUCUGGAUGGAUGUUGGGCAGCCCAAAGACUUCCUGACGGGCAUGUGCAUGUUCCUGACCUCCCAGAGACAGAAGUGUCCUGAGAAGCUGCACCAAGGAGACGGCAUCAUCGGAAAUGUCCUGGUGGACCCAAGUGCAAAGAUCGGUGACAACUGCCGUAUCGGUCCCAACGUGACGAUCGGCCCUGACGUUGUGAUCGAGGACGGGGCGAGGAUCAAACGUUGCACCAUUCUGCGCGGCUCCGUCGUCAAGUCCCACUCAUGGCUGGACUCAAGCAUCAUCGGCUGGAGGUCACAAGUCGGGCGAUGGGUGCGUAUGGAGAACGUGUCAGUCCUGGGGGAAGACGUGAUCAUCGGAGACGAGCUCUACAUCAACGGCGGCCGCAUCCUGCCCCACAAGUCCAUCUCUGCCUCCAUUACAGACCCACAGAUCGUCAUGUAGGAUCCAGAGAAUCCUCCAGUUAGGUCACAAAUCAGAGUUAGAUCACAAUUCCUGGAUUUCAAGUCCAUCUCUGCCUCCAUUACAGACCCACAGAUCGUCAUGUAGGAUCUCGGAAUCCCAGAGUCAGAUUACAGAAUCCUCAAGUUAGAUCACAGAUCAGUGUUAGAUCACAAAUCCUGCCCCACAAGUCCAUCUCUGCCUCCAUUACAGACCCACAGAUCGUCAUGUAGGAUCUCGGGAUCCCAGAGUUAGAUCACAGAAUCCUCAAGUUAGAUCACAGAUCAGUGUUAGAUCACAAAUCCUGCCCCACAAGUCCAUCUCUGCCUCCAUUACAGACCCACAGAUCGUCAUGUAGGAUCCAGAGAAUCCCCAAAUCAGAUCACAGAAUCCAGGAGUUAGAUCACAGACUUACAGAUUGUCAAGUAGGAUCACUGAAUCCCCAAAUCAGAUCACAGAAUCCUCAAGUUACCGGUAGAUCACAGAUCCACAGAUUGUCAUGUAGGAGCUCAGAAUCACCCACUCCUCAAGUUUGGGGUCACAAAAUGAUUUGGAAUCCCCAAAUUCUCAAGUCAGGUCUCCAAAUGUAAAAUGAGCUUUCAUCAGCAAUGAAUGACCUCAGCUUAGUUGAUCUUUUGCCAUUUGAACCCUGACCUCAAUUAUAGGUGAGUUCAGGGUCAGGGGUCAGCCAACAGGGUGAUCACUACCUGUGACCUUUGACUUUUGCUGUAACCAAUAAGCUUAAAUCGCACUAAAUAUCCAGACUUAUAGCAGUGAAGCAUUGAAAUGUGUUAAACAAAAAGCACUACAUCAACCUUAUGCGCUUCAAAACAGCGACUUUCUCCUUCCAAAAUCUUCCAAAUAACUAGAUAUUAAAAGCUGAGCUGGAGCUC